AUGUCGACCCUUCAACAAAUCUUCUGUCUCUUCUUCCUAAUUCUGCUCCCUCCCUUAGUUUCGGGAGACUGCACGUGUGACGCCGACGACGGAAAGCGCGACAAGCACCAGGCUCUGGAGUACAAACUUGCCGCCAUCACUUCCAUACUCAUCGCCGGCGCAAUCGGCGUCUAUAUUCCGUUAUUGGGUAAGACUAUUCCGACCUUGCGACCCGAGAAGGGCGUGUUUUUCAUGAUAAAGGUGUUCGCAGCCGGUGUGAUAUUGUCGACCGGGUUCAUCCACAUGCUUCUCGACGCUUUCAAGAGCUUGACGUCGUCAUGUCUCGACAAGAAGCCGUGGCAGACAUUUGCGUUCACGGGGUUCGUGGCGAUGACGUCGGCGAUCUUGACUCUGAUGGUUGAUGCCUUUGCGAAGUCGUAUUACAGGAGCUCCAGCUUCAAUAGCGACGCUCAAGGAGGGGUUGAGGACGCGGAGAAGGCGGGUGACAUGCACAUUCACGCUCACGCUCAUGCAAUGCAUGCCUAUGGCCCCGCUUCUUUCGUUGACGAUUCUACUUCGUUGAGCAAGAGGAUAAAUGGUGGAAACAACGGGCAAAACAGAAUUGAGUUAUUUACUGCUCGAGAGGUCUCAGGGGUGGAAGAGAGCUUGAUGGGUUUGGAGAGUAGAGUGACGGAGGAGAUGAAUCUCAAUCUGCUCAAGAACUUUACAUCGGUUGAAGUGGAUAAUGCUCUACGGCAAAUGCAUCCCUUAAAGUCUCUUGGACUGGAUGGUUUGGCUGGCCCGGAGAGGUUUUACUUUUAG